ACCCACGUCCUGUGCGUGUGACGUCACUGGGUUCCUCAUCGUCCUGCUGUGCUCGGUGAUCGGAGCCGUUAGCUCGAAGCUAACUAGUCGCGUUUCUUUAUUCUUCCCCGCUCCGAGGACUCGGUUGGUAUUCAGUCUGUUCCGGUGUCUGGAUCUACGGGAUUUAUUUAUCGUACAUUUCCCUCCGACGCCGCUUUCUCUCCGGAGAAAACCCUGAGCCAUGUACAAUGGGAUUGGCCUGACGACUCCGAGGGGCAGUGGCACCAAUGGCUACGUGCAGCGCAACCUGUCGAGCGUGCGCGCUAAGCGGCCGCGGGACGAGCGCGGUGGUGAUCGUGACGAGAAGGACCGGGAGAGGCUGGAGAGUCAGCUCAACAGGCAGCCCAAUGCGGACAUCCUGGAGCACCAGCGGAAGAGGCAGCUGGAGGUCAAGUGUGCUGAGUUACAGGACAUGAUGGAGGAGCAAGGGUAUUCUGCUGAGGAGAUAGAGGAGAAGGUGAACAGUUUCCGAAUGAUGCUGCAGGAGAAAGAGGAGCCGACUCCUGCCACCGCCGAGAGACCAACGGCGACGGAGACUCAUGCCCUGGCUGCGGCCAACCAGCAGAAGAACGACCGUCUCCGCGCUGCGUUUGGAAUCUCCAGCGACUACGUGGAUGGUUCGUCCUUCCACGCCGACCGCAAAGAGAGGGAGAAGGAGAAGAGAGAGCAGGAGCGUCUGGAGCGAGAGAAGCAGCAGCAACAGAAAUAUACGUUGGUGGAAGAUUCGGACGAUUCAGAUUCUCCUCCCAAGAAGCGCAGUCGGAAGAAGAAGAAGAAAAACAAGAACAGAGACGGUUCAGAGAGUCCCUCCCCGUCUCCUCGCAGAGAGAAGAAGAAAUCUAAAAAGAAGAAAAAGAAGCGUGAGGUGUCAGAAGAGAGUGAAGAAGACAGCUCCUCAGACGAGAAACAGAAGGUGUCAAAGAAGAAAGGAAAGAAGAGUGAUAGUUCGAGUUCUCCAAAAACGAAGGCGGUGCAAGGCAGCGGUGUUUCCUCCGACUCUUCUCACAGUCAGUCUCCAGCUCCAGUGAGGUCACGUCAACAGGAACAAUCUGCAAGAAAAGAUGACGAUGGAAGACAGGAAAGAUCGCCCGACAGGAGGAGGCGGGGCCACGACGAGCUCAUCCCACAGCGCCAGGGAAGAGAAACGAGGCCCAAUCCUGAGAGAGAGCGCCCGAGUGAGAUGGAGAAGACCUCCGCCAAGAGGAGACAUGACUCCUCAUCCCCCUCUCCUCCGCCACAGACUGAUAAAAGCUGGGAAAGGGAGAAAGGGAGGCGCUCCAGAAGCAGAGAGAUGCAGAGGAGGAGGCGUUCAAGGAGCAUAGAAAAGAGAGAGAGAGGGAGGCGAUCCAGAAGCAGAGAGAUGGACAAAGGAAAGCGCUCAAGGAGUAGAGAAAAUGAUAGAGAGAAAGGGAGGAGGUCGAGAAGCAGAGAAAAUGAGAGGGAGAAAGGGAGGAGGUCCAAAAGCAGAGACGUGGAGAAAGGGAGGAGCUCGAAAAGCAGAGAUGUGGAGAAAGGGAGGAGGUCCAGGAGCAGAGAAAAGAAGGACAAAGGAAAGGAGAAUGUUCCUCAGAGGACCAAACAUGACUCCUCAUCUCCUUCUCCACCACCUAAACAGGAGACCAGGAGGGGAAGGAGCAGAGACACUGAGAGGGAAAAAGACAGGAGUAAACUGGACAAAAAGACCAAACACGACUCCUCGUCUCCUUCACCUCCUGAGAAGGAGAGAGCGAGAAGGGAGAGGAGUGGAGAGAGGGAGCGCCGGACUGAGAGAGAUUUGCACUCGAGGGCACCAAAUGAAAGGGACAACAGGAAAGACACCGGGAGGAGACAAGAGAGGGAGGUGUCUCCUCGCCAACAGAAACCUGACCGGAGAAGGGAUGGACACCCGACUCGUGGUUCACUGUCCCCCGCCUCUCGCUCGCCUGUCUCCAGUGGGGGUCCAAGAGAGAAGGAGAGGAGAAGAGAAAAAGACAUGGAGAGGGAGAGGAAUCUGAACAAGCAGGGAGAACCAGACAGAGAGCGCGGUCAAGAAGACGGCAGGAAAAGAGAGGAGGGGGUCCGACCAUCUGCAGGAAGCAGACAAGAUCUCAGACCUGCUGAUAAAAACACGAGCGAAAGACCCGACACGAUGGACCGUCAGGAGAAGACGAGGAGCCCUCCGGCAAAGGAGAAACGAGAAGACAAGGCAAAACAGGCUGAGAAAAGAAAAGAGAGCUCCAGCAGCAGUAGUGGUAGCAGCAGCGGCAGCAGCAGCGGCAGUGACAGCGACAGCUCCUCAUCCUCCUCUUCAUCUUCAUCCUCCUCCUCCUCCUCAUCAUCCUCUGAGGAGGAAGGCAAGGUGAAGAAGGCAGCAGGGAAGGAAAAAGCCAGUCCCAUGAAAAGUGCCCCAGCUGCCAUUGGAGCUGCAGUUCAUCGGUAUUUAACCAAUGGAAGAAAAGAAAGUUCUGCUUCUGCAUCUGAGGGAGACGCACUGAGACGACCAGAUGGAGGAGACAGACGCGAGAGGACAGACAGACCUCCUCACAGAUCUCCUGUAGACAACUGUCCGUCCCAACCCAAAGGUCAGGAGCGAUACAGCCCCACACAGGUGGACAGUCCCAGUCCACCCCCCUCCCCACCCAACAGAGCGGACCACAGCAGGGGCAGCAGGUACUCUGAGGCAGACAAAAACAGGCCGGAGGCCAAAGUUGGGGAUAGGGAUAGAGGGAGGGACAGGGGCACAGCCAGGAGGGCGGCGAGACUGAGCCCCCCGACCAGGAGGUCACGCUCUCCGCCCAAGAAAACAACCACCACCUCCCCGGCCCGUCGCACUCCACCAAGGCAGUACCAGGAGGCCCCGCCCCGAUCCAGGAGAGCCUCCCCUCCUCCGGCCUGGUCAGACAGGGAGAGAGAGAGGCAGAGGGACCGAGACAGAGAGAGGGACAGAGAGAGGGACAGAGAACGUGAUCGGGCUCCAAGACGCAGCAGGUCCAGAAGCCAGAGGAGGCGCAGCCCCCCCAACAGGUCCCGACGCUCUCCUUCUCCACCGCGACGGAGGAGGAGCAGUCGCUCCCUCUCCAGAGAACGAGGGAGAGAAAGAGAAAAGGAAAACGAGCGGAUUAGACAGAGGGAGGUGGAGCAAGAGAGAGAAAGAGAGAAGAUCCAGCCAAAAGAUGUUCCCCCGCCUGGCAGGUCCUCUUCCUCCUCAUCUUCCUCCGGCUCCGGCUCCUCCUCUUCCUCUUCACCUUCACCGGCUCGCGAGAGUAAAGACACAAAACUACCAGCAGAGAAAGACGGAAGAAGAGAGGAUGAAGGGAAAGAGGACGGAGAGCAGAAAAGUCGUUCUUCCUCUUCACAGGGUCCCUCCAGAGACUCCUCCCACGCUCCACCCUCAGGUAGAAGAGGCUCCCAGUCGGACCCCCGCCGCUCCGACGUGACCUCCAGAAGGUCCCCGGCCAGCAGCCAAUCAGACGCCAAACAGCCAUCACGAGGUCCAACCAGGAAGGAGUCGCCACCGGCUGCCGCUCGACCGUCAGACCAAACGGUCAGAAGCGAGAGCACGGUGAACGGCAAGGAGGCAACUAAGAAAAGCGGAAGCAGCAGCUCCAGCUCUUCUUCCUCCUCCUCCUCUUCCUCAUCGUCUUCAUCCUCCUCUUCAGACAGUUCUGACUCUGAGGCGGAGCCAGGAAAAGGGAAAACCACCAAAGCUCCGAGCAGUUCAUCCUCGUCCUCCUCUGACGGAGAAAAGGAAACAAAGAACAAGAGUCCUGUCAGGCCCCAGCGGAUCCCGGCUGAUUCACUGAGAGAUUCUCGCUCCCUCAGUUAUUCUCCUCCGAGAUACAUCAGAGCAGCGCCGUCCUCCCCGAGCCGCAGGUCUGUACACGCCAAGACGUCUACCGGAGCAGAAUGAGAAACAGCUUUAACUUGUUGAGAAGCGGCAGCCGACAGUCGCCAAGUCGCUCGUCAACCAGCAGACGAAGGAAAUGAGCUGAGGACCCAGAGACUCGUCCCUUCUUCUUCUGUGGUGUUUCUGCACUCACCUGCGACGAGUCUGAACAACAUGAACUUCACAGACGUCAGAUGAUUCACGUGUGUGAAUGUCUGGGGACUGGAUUUGGUUCUGAGCCGCGACACGUGGAUCAGCAGUGUGACGCAGGACCAGUCUGUACAUUUAUUCUUAUGAGCUGAGUAAGAAAAGCUAACACAUGAAAACAGCUGAGUUAAAGUAACGAUGUUCCUCUGUACCUGUACUGUUUAUUGUGUUCUACCUGUAGAUAUGGGCUGUCUGUAUUUUGGUUAUUAACAUGUAACAGAUUCGUGAUUGCCAUUUAAUGUGAGGGGAAACUGAAACGUGGUUAAUUUCUUUGUUGAAAAAUGGUUGAUAACAAUAAAAAGGCAAUUGUACAUUU